AUGCCAUUUGAUUGUAGGACUUUUGAAAAAUCACUCAACAGAGAUGAAGAAACAAGUCCAAGAAGCACUCAGAAUUCAAGUUUCAGCCAAGAAUUGAGUACCUCUCCAAAUGAGAAUGAUCUUGAUGGAGAAACAGAUUUGUUUGAUGAUGAUGAUGACAGUAGUUUGUUUAAGGUUGACAGCCAAAGUGAUGAUAAAAUGUCAUUGCAAUGUUCUAAUUCUAUCAACCCUGGCAAAGAGAAGGCAAAAUGUGAUGAAGAUGAGGAAAAUGAUGAUAGCUUUGCUGCUGAUGAUGGGGCUGCUGUUUGGUUAGAGAGCAUUGGCCUUGACAAAAAGAAUUUCCCAUCUCUUGAUCCAAGGAAAGUCAAACUAAAUCGUGAUGGUUUUAAGAAGAUUGAUAGCCGCCCAGAAUCAACGAUCGUUUUGGAAACAGACAUUGAUGUCAAUGCUCUUUUCAAUUUUCUUCUCAAUUGGAAAUCCUGUUUUGCAGCUGCCGGUCCACAGUUUCGGAUUCCUCCUACCAUUUUGUCUCCUUCUGGUUUCAAAGGAGCUGUCUUGAAGUCGAUGAAAGUCAAGCACAGUGAAGUGUUUUUGCCAGAGGAAAAACAGAAAGGACACGUCUUGGAAAUUGUUGGUCCCCUCUUGCCCUGUCAUGUCAGGGGCUUUGUGAAGCUCUUCUGGCAAACACAGGCCAAAGAGUUUUCCAUGGCAUUGAAUACCCAUGAGUCAACAUCUCCAUUUAAUGUUCCAAUGGAUUUUUCCAAGAAUUCAGACAGCCUGAAUUUUGAUGGUGAUGAGGCUCCCAGUUUUCUGGACUUUAAAGCAUUGAGGUCAAUUACCCAAGUGAAGUGCAUGCCUUCAGGAUUUACCUGGUCAUGA